AUGGCUAGUGAUGAGAAUUUUGUAGCUCUUGUGCAUUAUAGAGGUUCCAUUAAGAAGAAAACACAAUCAGGGAUUAAGUUCACUGACAAGGAUCCGCUGAGUGUUUUUCUCAAACCUUCGACAAGUUUCGCGGAGUUUAAGAGUACUAUACUCCAGAGACUAGGACUGCUUGGCGUGAAACGGGUGGAGAAGUUGUUCUAUCGUAUUCCGAUCUCCGUGUUACGCAAUUAUGUGAAGUAUGAUUCAUUCAUUAUUAGCAGUGACGAAGAUAUGCAGGUGCUGUUUCAUUGUCACCGUCAGUUUCCUGAGGUGAGGACUCCGGAGUUGUUGGCGAAACUUGUGGAUGUGGCAUCUAGUUCUGGAAGCUCGAACAGGAAUAUGCACUCCACAGGACAUGUAGCCAGCUCUAGUGCAUUGCCUGUUAGAUCAUCGUCAGCAGUGCCGGUGCUUGCACCCGAGUUAGACUUAGUGGCUUCACCAUCGUUUGCCGUCAAUCUGAAUCAAAGUUGUGAUGCAUUAGUUGGUGAGGCUAGACCGUUGGAAGAUGGUGAUUUCACGGCGCGUAGCUCUCCUCCGUGUGUUCCGGUAAUCGGAGAGGUUGCAGCACCCGAAAGGGUUGAGGAUGCAUUGCAGGAUGAUGAUGAUGAUGAUGAUGUGGAGUACUAA